AUGACUAGAGAUCCGGCUACAUAUCCUGAUCCAGAUCGUUUCCUGCCCGAACGAUUCCUACAGGUCGACGCUGACACGCCAGCACAAUUCGACCCCAUGAAGCUCAUCUUCGGAUUUGGGAGACGGAUCUGCUCGGGGCGCACUUUCGCUGAUUCCUUUGUGUGGCUGAUCGCGGCGCACUUGCUGGCCACCAUGGUUGUGUGUAAAGCACGGAACGCAGCAGGAGAAGAGAUUACACCCGCAGCAGAGUUUGCAGAUGGGCUUGUGAGCCAUCCAUUACCAUUCGAAUGUGACAUCCAUCCACGAUCACAGAAGGCGAAGGAGCUCAUCGUGUUGUCAAACCUAGAGACAGUUGCGUGA